AGUCUCGUAAAUAAUAUAUAUUUUAUAUAAAUAAAACUAUAUUAAAAAUUUGCUUACUCAAAAAACAAAACGUAUAUUUUGUAGAAUUACCAUAGCAAAACACUAAGUAGGAAAGUCCAAAGAUGUCGUCAGAUGAUACAGAUGAAGACGAAUUGACCCAUGCAAACACUGGUAAUGAAACGGCUAGAUCUUUGCCGGGCAUAGCUAAACGCCCAGCCGCCUACUCAACCCUAAAGACGCUCAAGGAGAAAAGAGAAAAGAAAUAUAGAAAAAAAGAUAAGCAGGAAAAAGCAUUAAAGGUCACCGUAGCGACGCAGACCGAAAAAUAUAUGGAAAUAAUAUGGCUGGAGGAGUUAAUAACCAAUUCGAGCAGGGAGAAGAAUGCAUUGAAUCCCAAAUGUGAAUACGAUAGCUUUGUGUCCGAGCAGCUGUCAUCGAUAUUGUUUUCCCUAUCGGUUGCAUGUGGAUUUCUGAUCGACUUCGACGCAUUGCUGGGCAUUGUCGAGUUCUUCAAUCUGAGAAUGUAAUACCAAAAUUUUAGUUAUAAUUCAUGUUUUUUUUUUUAUUUAGUUCGGAUUUUUGUGAGUUUAAAACGCGCGAGUGCGGCAGCAAGAUACAUAUUCCAUUUUAAUGGCCCGACCCAUAAAGUUCAACUCAUUUGAUUUCAGGUCAAUUGUCUUGCAAAAUGAUCAAAA